CAGGCUCCUGAUUGUGUAUCCCUGGACUCAGAGACACUUCGGUGCGUUUGGCAACAUUUCCACUAACGCUGCCAUCCUGGGAAACCAAAAAGUGGCCGAGCAUGGUAAGAUAGUGAUGGGUGGGCUGGAAAGAGCUGUGAAGAACUUGGACAACAUCAAGGAAGUCUACAAAACCCUGAGCGUGAAGCACUCUGACAUAAUCCAUGUGGAUCCUGAUAACUUCAGGCUUCUUGCUGAAAUCAUCACUAUAUGUGUGGGUGCCAAGUUUGGCUCCGCCGGCAUCAACCCUGAUGCCCAAGCAGCUUGGCAGAAGUUCCUGUCUGCGGUCGUCUCUGCCCUGGGCAGACAGUACCACUGAGUGCCUGGAGACGCAUUCCACAAAUGUGCAGCAGUUCUACAAGUGUUUUCAGAAUGUUGCCAAAGACACAAAAUAAAAUUCAAAUGAAAUAGCC